UCGAAUUCUCUUACUAAAUUCCCCUUAUUUUUUAUAUUAAAAAAGGGCGGAAAAUUAAAACUUAUUAUUAAUUAUAAAAGACUUAACGAAAUUAUAAAAAAGAAUUACUACUUUUUAUUACUUAUUACUAAGCUUAGAGAUCUAUUUUAUAGAGCUAACUAA